AUGAGUGUAUGGAAGCAAAUCCCCAGUGACUUCUUAAAACAUAUGAUCGAACAAUCAGUUGUAGUCAAAUUAAGUCCUGGAGUGGUCCCCUAUUGAGGGGUCCUGGCUUGCCUGGAUGGUUAGAUGAUUAUUGCCUUGGAGCAGACAGAGGAGUAUGUGAGAGGCCAGCUGAAGAAUAAGUAUGGGGAUGCUUUCAUCCAUGGGAAAAACAUGUCAUACAUAAACACACAGAAGAGAAAGAUGUGA